AUGUGCUGGGAGGAGAAGACAGAGCAGCUUGCAGACACCAGACACGAGGUGGAUCAGCUGGUGCUAGAGCUGCAGAAAGUCAAACAGGAGAACAUCCAACUGGCAGCAGACGCCCGGUCUGCUCGUGCCUAUCGGGAUGAGCUGGAUUCCCUGAGGGAGAAGGCAAACCGCGUGGAGAGGCUAGAGAUGGAGCUGACCCGCUGCAAGGAGAAGCUGCACGACGUGGAUUUCUACAAGGCUCGCAUGGAGGAGCUCAGAGAAGAUAAUAUCAUUUUAAUUGAAACCAAGGCCAUGCUGGAGGAACAGCUGACUGCUGCUCGCACCCGGGGUGAUAAAGUCCACGAGCUGGAGAAGGAAAACCUGCAGCUGAAAUCUAAACUGCACGACCUGGAAUUGGACCGGGACACAGAUAAGAAACGAAUUGAGGAGCUGCUAGAAGAAAACAUGGUCCUGGAGAUUGCACAGAAGCAGAGCAUGAACGAGUCUGCCCACCUCGGCUGGGAGCUGGAGCAGCUGUCCAAGAACGCAGACUUGUCAGACGCCUCCAGGAAGUCGUUCGUGUUUGAGCUGAACGAGUGCGCCUCCAGCCGUGUGCUCAAGCUGGAGAAGGAGAACCAGAGCCUGCAGAGCACCAUCCAGGGGCUCAGGGACGCGGCCCUCACGCUGGAGGAGAGCAGCCUCAAGUGCGGGGAGCUGGAGAAGGAGAACCACCAGCUCAGUAAGAAGAUUGAAAAGUUACAGACUCAGCUUGAGAGAGAAAAGCAAAGCAACCAGGACUUGGAGACCCUCAGUGAGGAGCUGAUCAAAGAGAAGGAGCAGCUGCAGAGCGACAUGGAAACCCUGAAGGCUGACAGAGCCCGGCAGAUCAAGGACCUUGAGCAAGAAAAGGACCACCUCAACCGAGCAAUUUGGUCGCUGCGGGAGAGGUCACAGGUCAGCAGCGAGGCCCGCGUGAAAGACGUGGAGAAGGAGAACAAGGCCCUCCACCAGACGGUGACAGAGGCCAGCAGCAAACUCAGCCAGCUGGAGUUCGAGAAGCAGCAGCUGCACAGAGACUUGGAGCAGGCCUGGGAGAAGGGGCAGCGGGCGGAGAGGCUGGAGGGGGAGCUGCAGCGGCUACGGGAGGAGAACACGCAGCUGGCCGGCAAGGUGACCUCCCUGGAGACGGCCACUGAGAAAGCCAGGGCCCUAGAGCAUGAGAGCCAGGGCCUGCAGCUGGAGAACCGGACGCUGAGGAAGUCUCUGGACACCUUGCAGAACGUGUCCGUGCAGCUCGAGGGCCUGGAGCGUGACAACAAGCAGCUGGACGCGGAGAACCUGGAGCUGCGCAAGAUGGUGGAGGCCAUGCGCUUCACCAGCGCCAAGAUGGCACAGAUCGAGAGGGAGAACCAGCAGCUGGAGCGUGAGAAGGAGGAGCUGAGGAAGAACGUGGAGCUGCUGAAGGCAUUGGGCAAGAAGUCGGAGCGCCUGGAGCUCAGCUACCAGAGCGUGAGUGCGGAGAACCUGCGGCUGCAGCAGAGCCUGGAAAACAGCGGCCGUAAGUCGCAGGCCCUGGAGAGUGAGCUUGGCGAGCUGGAGGCCGAGCACCAGGCACUGCAGCGGGACCUGGAGGCCCUGCGGCUGGCCAGCGUGCAGCUCGAGCGAGCUGAGAGGGACAAGAAGGCCCUAGAGCAGGAGGUGGCCCAGCUGGAGAAGGACAAGAAGCUGUUGGAGAAGGAGGCCAAGCGGCUGUGGCAGCAGGUGGAACUGAAAGACGCGGUCUUGGACGACAGCAGCGCCAAGCUGUCCGCUGCCGAGAAGGAGAGCCGUGCGCUGGACCGGGAGCUGGCCCGCUGCAGGGAUGCAGCCGGCAAGCUGAAAGAGCUGGAGAAGGACAACAGGGACCUCACCAAGCAAGUUAUCGUGCAUACGAGGACACUGACAACCCUGCGGGAGGACCUGGUGCUGGAGAAGUUGAAGAGCCAGCAGCUGACCAGUGAGCUGGACAAACUGAGCCAGGAGCUAGAGAAGGUCGGCCUCAGCAAGGAGCUGCUGCUGCAGGAUGACAACAGCAACAGUGACACAAAAUAUAAGAUUUUGGAGGGCAGAAGUGAAUCAGCAUUGAAAACAACCCUGGCCAUGAAAGAAGAAAAAAUUGUGUUCUUGGAAGCACAGGUGGAAGAGAAAGUGAGCCUGAAUCACCAGUUGCAGAGUGAGCUCCAGACGUUGAAGAAGGAGUGUGAAAGCCUCAGGCAGAAGAAGGAAGAGGGGAAGCACCUGCAGAACUCUGUUAAGCACCCCGUUGUGGGGAAGGCGGCUACCAGUAGCCCAGGGAAGGAAAGCUGGGGACCCAGCCACAAGGAAGCCACGAUGGAGCUACUCCGUGUGAAGGACCGGGCCAUCGAGCUGGAACGGAAUAAUGCAGCCCUGCAAGCCGAGAAGCAGCUGCUCAAAGAACAGCUACAGCACCUGGAGACCCAGAACGUGGCCUUCAGCAGUCAGAUCCUGACACUGCAGAAGCAGAGCGCCUUCCUGCAGGAGCACAACACCACCCUGCAGACCCAAACAGCCAAGCUGCAGGUGGAGAACUCCACUCUGAGCUCCCAGAAUGCCGCACUCACCACACAGUACACGCUGCUGCAGAACCAGCAGACAUCCAAGGAGACCGAGAAUGAGAACCUGCAGAAGCAGCAGGAGCAGCUGACAGCGGCCUAUGAGGCCCUGCUCCAGGACCAUGAGCACCUGGGCACACUGCACGAGCGGCAGUCCUCGGAGUAUGAGGCCCUCAUCCGACAGCACAGCUGCCUGAAGACCCUGCAUCGGAACCUGGAGCUGGAACACAAGGAGCUGGGGGAGAGGCACAGCAGCAUGCUGAAACGCAAGGCGGAGCUGGAGGAGCUGGAGAAAGCCCUGACCGCAGAGCGGGAGGCUCUGCAGCAAGAGCAGAGGACAAACGCCAUCGCUGCAGGCGAGAACCAGAAGCUGCGGGGAGAACUGGACAGGGUCAACUUCCUACACCACCAGCUGAAGGGGGAGUAUGAGGAGCUUCACGCCCACACUAAGGAGCUGAAAACCUCACUGAACAACUCACAGCUGGAGCUGAACCGGUGGCAGGCCCGGUUCGAUGAGCUGAAGGAGCAGCACCAGAGCAUGGACAUCUCGCUGACCAAGCUGGACAACCACUGUGAGCUGCUCUCCCGUCUCAAGGGGAACUUGGAGGAAGAAAAUCAUCACCUCUUGAGCCAGAUCCAACUGCUGAGCCAGCAGAACCAGAUGCUCCUGGAGCAGAAUAUGGAGAACAAGGAGCAGUACCACGAGGAACAGAAGCAGUACAUGUAA